AUGUUCGACGCGAAGCUCUUCAGACGAAAGCACGAGAAGGCGAAAGACGGUAUGGUGAUUCCCGACAGCAUCUACAAUAUGAGGCUCUACCGCUGCGCCAUUUUCGCAUCCUGGGCCGCUGUGCUCUGUGGAUAUGACUCAGGAUUCAUCAGCGGAACCAUUGUGCUGGACUCGUUCCAGGAGGAGUUCGGGCUCAAGUCGAUGUCGAAGUCUAGAGUGACAACAGUCAAGGCCAACAUCAUUUCCCUGUUCCAUGUGGGCGCCUUUUUUGGGUCGCUGCUCAUAUACCCCGUGAACUUCUACCGAGGACGAAGAUUUGGCCUUAUUAUCGCCUCGAUCUUGAUCAUCGCGGGAUCUGCCAUCCAGCUCGGUGCGAACAGCACAACAGGGCUUGCUCCGCUGUAUGCUGGCCGGACCAUUUUGGGCGUGGGCAUAGGAGGCGUCAGCAACAUUGCUCCGAUGUACACUGCGGAGAUCGCACCGCCAAGCAUCAGAGGCCGUCUUGUUGGACUUUAUGAGCUUUCGUGGCAGGUAGGUGGUAUUGUGGGAUACUUCAUCAACUAUGGAACGAACAAACAUUUGCACGGUGACCAGCAAUGGCGGGUUCCUAUUGCUGUGCAAUUGAUUCCUGCCGGGAUAUUCAUGACUGGAUUGGCCUUCAUCGUGGAGACUCCUAGAUGGUACUUCCAAAAGCACAAGAUAGAGAAGGGGAUAGCGGCCUUGACAUACCUCCGGAAACUGCCACCGGACGAUGAAUACCUCAAGUACGAGACUGGGAAUCUGCUCGCCGAGGCUCAGGAGGCAGAAAAGAAGGUUGGAGACGGUCUUCUCUCGCCGAUAAGGGCAACUUUCACGAACAAAAACCUCAGAUUCAGACUGCUGCUUUCCACAAGCACGUUUGUUCUGCAGAACACUUCCGGUAUCAACGCGGUGAACUACUACAGCCCGACGCUGUUCAGUGCUAUCGGUGUCAGCGGCACCUCGUCUGCGUUGCUGUCGACUGGUCUCUUUGGCGUGCUGAAAGGUGUGGCGACGACGUUCUGGGCUUUCUUCCUGAUUGAUCCGCUCGGCCGUCGGCAGUCGAUGUUCAUCGGCUGUCCGAUCUGCAUUUUCUGUCUCUUCUUUAUCGGGUCGUACAUCAAGAUCGCAAACCCCAGCUCGCAUGCAGAAUUGGAUGCCGGCGGAAAAGCCACCAUGGCAAUGUUCUACAUCUGGUGCAUUGCGUACUCCAUCUCGGUGUCUGGAAUCCCGUGGGUGUACUCGUCAGAGCUAUUUGACCAGAGUGUGAGAACUUUUGCUCAAGCCUGUGCCGCGACUUCCAACUGGUUCUGGGCAUUCAUUUUUGCUAGGUUCACGGGAAACAUGGUGAACAGCAUGAACGCAUACGGUGUGUUCUUUUUCUUUGGCUCGGGAGUCGUGGCGACGGUUAUUAUCUUCUACCUUUUCUACCCAGAAACCUCGAACGUCCCUGUCGAAGAUGUUGGACUGCUGUUCACCCCAGGAGUGCCUGCAUGGAGGGCCCGAGAGUACGCCAUGUCUGUGAUCGAGCAACGAAAAAUAGAAGGUGUUGAGGAGUCCGACGUCGAGGUCCUUCCUACGGACAUGACCAAAUCAUCAUCUAUCAGCGCAUAA